UACAUCCUGACCGUUGAAUUGACUUUUCUCUUCCCAUGAAAGCACGCAUUCCUUUAUCAGAUUCUCAGCCAAUUCUGUAGCCAUGGGCUCCUCUGCGUAGCUUUUCCCAUAGUUUCCGCGUCAUCAUUUCACCAUCUUUAAGCUUUUUCUAGCAUUCACACACACACACACGCCCGCGCAAAAUCGACAAUCAAUUAAUAUACGCGGAGAGAGAGUAAGAAGAAAUGCUCAUAGAGCUACUGCUCCAUUAUUGACAAACGAGAAGAAGAAGUUAAGGUUUUACAAUUGAAGGUCUGGAGUUUUGGGGGAAGAUGAUGUCGUGCUUCCACGUGUUCAAGGAGAAAUCGAGGUCAAAGAGGUCGUCAGGAAAGUCAGCGCCUGAGCUGACCCACAGAGGAGGAGGCAGCAAACCGGACACUUCCUCUGCGACCUCUAGCAGAGCCACUCGGUCCACCGGUUCGAUGUCUUCCCCCAAAAGCAUUCCCCAAAUGUUCAGAGAAAAGCCACCGACUCUCAGGGAUUUCUCCCUGUCUGAGCUCAGGGAGGCCACUUCCAAUUUCAAUAGGAUGUUAAAGGUUGGGGAAGGAGGGUUUGGGAGUGUCUAUAAGGGCUCUAUCAAGGCUUCUGAUGCUCAGGGUGCGCCAUCUACGGUUGUUGCCAUUAAGAUGCUCAAUACUCAGGGGAUGCAGGGUCACAAACAAUGGAUUGCUGAAGUCCAGUUCCUUGGUGUCCUGGAGCACCCUAACCUUGUUAAGCUUCUUGGAUAUUGCGCCACUGAUGGGGAAAGGGGGAUCCAACGUCUAUUGGUGUAUGAGUAUAUGCAGAAUAAAAGCUUAGAGGACCAUCUUUUUAGCAAAACUAAGGCUGUCAUUCCUUGGAGGACAAGGUUGAAUAUUAUCCUUGGUGCAGCUGAAGGAAUGGCCUAUUUGCAUGAGGGCCUAGACAUCCAGGUGAUAUAUCGGGAUUUUAAAUCAUCAAAUGUGCUCUUGGAUGAGAAUUUCAACCCAAAGCUUUCAGACUUCGGGCUUGCAAGAGAAGGGCCAGUGGGUGACAAAUCUCAUGUGUCUACAGCGCCUGUUGGCACAUUGGGAUAUGCUGCUCCGGAAUACGUUGAAACUGGCCACUUGACAAUCAAGAGUGACAUAUGGAGUUUUGGCGUUGUUCUCUAUGAAAUAAUCACAGGGAGGCGUGUCAUAGAAAGAAGCCGUCCUACUUCAGAACAGAAACUUCUUGAUUGGAUUAAACAAUUCCCAACCGAAAGCAACAAGUUCAGAAUGAUAGUUGACCCACGGCUUCAGGGUCAGUAUUCUCUUAAAGCUGCAAGGCAAAUUGCAAACCUUGCAGAUACAUGCUUAAACAAGACUGCUAGCAAUAGACCAUCAAUGAGCCAGGUGGUUGAAGGUUUGGGGCAAAUUAUACGAGAUAUGGAUGAAGUGUCAUCCGGAAUUAAAAAUUCUGAACCAUUAAGGACCCAAAAGGCUAUUCCCUCGCAUAGACUGUUUUCAAAGAAGUCAAUACCUGAACCUCCUACACAAAUGACUCCAAUUGCCAAGGCUUGAUUAAUAAAGAGCAAUGAGAUGAAAUGUUGAUUCAGUACAAGAGAAGACUCACAGUUUUCCACGUCUUUUCGUAAUAUACAAUAAGAUAUAGUCAAGAUGAGCUCUUCACAUUUUUGGAUGUUUCUUCGGAAGAGAAGACCAUGAAUGGACCGGAAAUGAAAGAGACUGUUGUAGCGGAAUUAGAGUGGUACUUUCCUGGGGGUGUUAAUUUUGUAGUAUGUGAAUAUUAAGGUUUUUUAUAGGGUUUCUUCCAAUAUUACUAAAUAAAUGUUUUACAAAAACAAUGUUCACGGACAAAAAUGUAAUGCCAUUCUAUAUAUACAACUAAAAUGAAAUUGAAAGUGAUAAAAAUGUUGCCUUUUAAAUGGUACUAAGUUGCG